GCACCAAAGGAAGAAACAAAGGGGAAUUUACAAAUCUUCAAGGUGUAGCUGCAUCUACAAAUGGAAAAAUACUAAUAGCAGACAGUAACAACCAGUGUGUGCAGAUAUUUUCCAAUGAUGGUCAGUUCAAAAGCCGUUUUGGCAUACGAGGAAGGUCUCCCGGCCAGUUGCAGCGGCCAACAGGAGUGGCUGUGCAUCCCAGUGAUGAUAUCAUUAUUGCAGAUUAUGAUAACAAAUGGGUUAGCAUAUUCUCAUCAGAUGGAAAAUUUAAGGCCAAAAUUGGCUCUGGAAAGCUCAUGGGCCCCAAAGGUGUUUCUGUGGAUCGUAAUGGACACAUCAUUGUAGUGGACAAUAAAGCAUGCUGUGUUUUCAUCUUCCAGCCGAACGGGAAAAUAGUCACCAGAUUCGGCAGUCGAGGAAAUGGUGACAAGCAGUUUGCAGGUCCUCAUUUUGCAGCUGUAAACAGCAACAAUGAAAUUAUUGUUACAGAUUUUCAUAACCAUUCUGUCAAGGUAUUUAACCAGGAGGGAGAAUUCAUCCUGAAGUUUGGAUCAAAUGGAGAAGGAAACGGACAAUUUAAUGCACCAACUGGAGUAGCUGUAGAUUCUAAUGGAAAUAUUAUUGUAGCAGAUUGGGGAAACAGCCGAAUACAGGUUUUUGAUGGAAGUGGAUCAUUUUUAUCCUACAUUAACACCUCUGCUGACCCACUUUAUGGUCCCCAAGGUCUGGCCCUUACUUCAGAUGGCCAUGUUGUAGUUGCAGACUCUGGAAAUCACUGCUUCAAGGUCUAUCGAUACUUACAGUAGCAAUGAGCUCUGGAGCUGGAUAAUCGUCCACCCUUAGGAAAAGACUGGUCCUAGAGAUCCAAUGCAGGAUAUCUCCUACUUUGAGUCCAUUUUUAAUAUUAAAGGAGUCUCUGAGGAUUUCUCGUGUUAAUUUCCAAACUUACCUUGUUUACAUAGGACUUGCACCUCUUAUGUUUCUCACCGAACUUUUUGUUGUAAAGGUUAAUACACAAAAUCCUCUUUAAUUGAAUUCAUAAAGACAAUGUGAUAUUAAAUGCAAACUGCAAGUUAUGGAACUGGAAUUAACUAAUUAGGCAAAAAUGAGAAAAAUCUGGGAAAAGUCCCCAAAGCUUUUUGAAGACUGCGAAGGGUAGCUCCUGCUCAGAGCUUCCAAAUUUGAAGAAGUAUCAUUGUUAUGCAUUAUUUAACCCAGAGGUGAUCCUGGGAAUCUUCUAGAUCUCAUUAUCAUGGUAGGUAUUACACUUUUAACAGUCUUCAGUCUUACUAUCUAUAACAAGUAGGUCCUUUUAGUAUAAGGUUAAGUCUCACAAAAUCCGUCUAGCUCUAACCGUCACACCUAACACAGCUC